GAGCCGACCGCGUAGAAAGUAUACAGAGUCGAGCCGAGGAGAAUUGACGUUACUUUGACGGAGGGAAAAGAUGCCUGAUCCUGCGAAAUCCGCCCCAGCUCCUAAGAAGGGCUCGAAAAAGGCUGUGACUAAGACACAGAAGAAGGGGGACAAGAAAAGGCGCAAGACCAGGAAAGAAAGCUAUGCCAUUUACGUGUACAAAGUGUUAAAACAAGUCCACCCGGACACUGGUAUUUCAUCCAAAGCAAUGGGCAUCAUGAAUUCAUUCGUGAAUGACAUCUUCGAGCGCAUUGCCGGCGAAGCUUCACGCCUGGCUCAUUACAACAAGCGCUCCACCAUCACAUCCCGAGAGAUUCAGACCGCUGUUCGCCUGCUUUUGCCAGGAGAACUGGCUAAACACGCCGUGUCCGAGGGCACCAAGGCUGUGACCAAGUACACUAGCUCCAAGUGAAGGUAGGAGCACAAGAUGGACUGAACGGAUGAGGCGCCUACGGAAGACGGAAGUGAUCUCUGCUCUUUGAUACCGCAUGUUUAUUCCGGGGUAUUUGUUCGUCCUGCGCAAAAUUACUGCCUGAAAUGUUUUGGAAGGACGUUUAAAAAUUACUGUAUUUUGCAGUCAUUCGUCUUUUCUUUACUGCUUUUCUUGAAUGUUCCCCCUGAAAUGUACUUGUUUGCAUGUGUGAAAGAAGGCACAGGUUUCCUCAUAUGUAACACUUCUGGUGCUGUUUAGCUCCAGAGUGCACUUCAUAACAUCAGCCAGAAAACCUGGGGGAAAAAAAAGAUUUUAUGUACUGUAUGGAUUUAAAACUGUGUCUUAAUAUUGAACAUUAGUUCACAAUGAUUUUUUUUGUCAACUCACAGAAUAAACAUGUUGAUUCAUGUUGA